GCGGCGCGAGGAGAUGCGACAGGGCGCCGCGCCGCCGGCACCAUGCGCCCCCCGCCCGCGCUGGCCCUGGCCGCGCUCUGCCUGCUGGCGCUGCCCGCCGCCGCCGCCGCCUACUUCGGCCUGACCGGGCGGGAGGUCCUGACACCCUUCCCAGGGCUGGGCACCGCUGCGGCCCCAGCACAGAGCGGGGCCCACCUGAAGCCGUGUGACCUGCUGAAGCUGUCCCGCCGACAGAAACAGCUCUGCCGGAGGGAGCCCGGCCUGGCCGAGACCCUGCAGGACGCUGCUCACCUCAGCCUGCUCGAGUGCCAGUUUCAGUUCCGACAUGAGCGCUGGAACUGCAGUCUGGAGGGGAGGACAGGCCUGCUCAAGAGAGGUUUCAAGGAGACGGCCUUCCUGUAUGCAAUGUCCUCCGCUGCCCUCACCCACACUCUGGCCCGGGCCUGCAGCGCCGGGCGCAUGGAGCGCUGCACCUGUGAUGAUUCUCCGGGCCUGGAGAGCCGGCAGGCCUGGCAGUGGGGCGUGUGCGGCGACAACCUCAAGUACAGCACCAAGUUCCUGAGCAACUUCCUGGGGCCCAAGAGAGGAAGCAAAGACCUGAGGGCACGGGCGGACGCUCACAACACCCACGUGGGCAUCAAGGCAGUGAAGAGUGGCCUCAGGACCACAUGUAAGUGCCACGGUGUGUCGGGCUCUUGUGCCGUGCGCACCUGCUGGAAGCAGCUCGCCCCGUUCCGCGAGACGGGCCAGGCGCUGAAACUGCGUUACGACUCAGCUGUCAAGGUGUCCAGUGCCACCAACGAGGCCUUGGGCCGCCUGGAGCUGUGGGCGCCCGCCCGGCCAGGCAGCCCCACCAAGGGCCCGGCCCCGCGGCCCGGGGACCUGGUCUAUAUGGAAGACUCGCCCAGUUUCUGCCGGCCCAGCAAGUACUCGCCCGGCACGGCGGGCAGGGUGUGCUCCCGGGAGGCCAGCUGCAGCAGCCUGUGCUGCGGGCGGGGCUACGACACCCAGAGCCGCCUGGUGGCCUUCUCCUGCCACUGCCAGGUGCAGUGGUGCUGCUACGUGGAGUGCCAGCAGUGCGUGCAGGAGGAGCUCAUGUACACCUGCAAGCAUUAGGCCUGCGGCCCGGUGUGCCAGGGGGGCGCUGCCAGGACCCCGCGGUGCUCGGCCACGUGGAGGCCCCCCAGGCAGGCGCACGCGGCGUGCACCCCGAAGUCGGUGCCCGCGCGCGCGCACUCCUCUCCACUGGGCCCGGCAGCCCUUCCCUCCCUCGACACCCAGCAAAGAGAGGUUGCAGGGGGACUGGAACUGAGGGUCCCCAACCACGUUGGAGCAGGAGAGCAGAGUAGGAAAGGAUGCGGGGAGAAUAAGGGAGACCAAAGGAGGAAGGACUGAGGGUUUUUUGAGGGGGGACCACCUCGCUGUCUCAAUUCCUCGGAUGAGUGGCCUAGAGCCAGCCAGGCGGGGCCAGCAGGGCGCUGGGAGGCAGUGUCAGCGUGUGGCUUUGCUGGGCUAGAGGUGGGGCGGGAGGCGGGGCGGAAAAGGCCAGGUGGCAGGGGCUGUUUGGAGAAAGGAAGGCUUUCUGGGCCCGAGGGAGGCCAAGUCCGACACCUGCCCCGGAGCCCGGUGUACUUGAUUUGGCUUUUCAAAUAUGCACUGAGGCGUCGUUCUUGCCUUGAGAGCUGAGUUAUUCACACCCACUGGGCCCUGCUGGAUAAGAGCACCAGUGAAUGCAGGACUGGUAGGGAGAGCCAGCUAGUGCGCGGAGGUUGCACAGAGAGACAGUGACCCCUCGCCGUUUUCUGGGUGUGGAACUUUUAGUCCCCGCACAGGAGAGGGUGACAGCCUUCUGGUUCGAGGCGGGGACGCAAGGAGCUCCGUUUCUCAGCCUCCCCU